GAACGUUUCAAGGCCACCCCAUUGGAGGAGGAGAUAUGAGAUGAACUGUUAACAGGAAGAGCAGUGAAAGGCCCCUUCAAGAUGAGUUUCCCUGAGGAGCCACCAGGGGGAGCUAGUGAGUCAGCCUGGGGAGAAGAGAACGUGGGGAAGGACUUCCUUAGGAAGCAGUCAGGGGGCGCUAAUGAGCAGCAGAGGCUUUUGCCUGCUGGGGGGAGCGACCAGAAGAUUACUGCCAACCCCAAACUGAGGGGAGACCUGCCAGAUGAACCAGAGGAACUUGACAGGUCAGAAAUGCCAACUUCUCCUGUGGCCAGUGUGAUGUCCAUGAAGAGUGACUGGUCAGUGGCAGCUCCAUGGAAAUUCCAUGGAAAAGGACAAGAGAAGGCCACUAAGGUGUCAGCUGUGCAGGUGCUGUGUGAUGUUUGCCCAAGUCCAGCGGUGAAGAGCUGCCUGACCUGCAUGGACUCCUACUGUAUGAGCUGCAUCAGACCGCACUACUGUGAUCCAGACCUGCAGAGACACCAGCUGCAGGACCUCCAGCUACACGGGCAUGAUGCCACUGGGCAGGUGGGCACAGAUAGAGACCAGGAUCCCCAAGGAACACACCACAAGCCAUCCAUCAACAAAGAAUAUGUUCCUCCACCUGGACAGAUCCGGUUCCCCUCAGUGACACCAGACUCAGUUACUGUCAGCUGGCCACCACCAGAGGGCGCUGGACCCCACAGCUACAGGGUGACCUGGAGACGAGCCCAGAAAGAGCGCAGUGCCACAGUGGAAGGUCUGAAGAUGGAGGUGACAGGGCUUCUUCCAGGACAGAAGUACCACUUCACUGUGGCCACCCUCACAGAAGAUGGCCGCCAGAGCACAUGUGUGGAGAGAUUUGUCUACACAAAUCUAAGAGAGCGUCCAGAUGAACUCCGAAUAGUGCUGCUGGGGAAGACUGGAGUUGGGAAGAGCUCGACAGGAAACACCAUCUUAGGGAGAGAAGUGUUCGAGGCUGAACCAUCUGCUGAAUCAAUUACUAGCACGUGUCAGAGAGAGGUAGCUGAAGUCAAUGGGAGGCAGAUUAGAGUGAUUGACACUCCAGGGUUGUUUGAUACUGAGCUUAGUAAUGAGGAGAUCCAGAGAGAAAUCUCUAACUGCAUUUCGCUGGUACUACCGGGCCCACAUGCAUUCCUCCUGGUGAUACCACUGGGACGUUUUACUUUAGAGGGCAGAGAGACAGUAACGUUCAUUCGAAACACUUUUGGUGAAAACUCCAUCAAGUAUGCUAUAGUGCUCUUCACAAGAGGAGAUGAUCUGAGGAACAAGUCCAUUGAACAGUUCCUGGGACAAUCUAGAUUUCCUAUUAGGAACCUCAUUCAACAAUGUGGUAACAGAUACCACGUGUUUAACAACAACACCAGCGACCGUACUCAGGUUUCUGCUCUCCUGGAUAAAAUCAACAAAAUGGUGGCAGCCAAUGGAGGGGGCUAUUACACUAGUUGGAUGUUCCAGCAGCAGAACGAAAUGGAGAGGAAGAUGAAGGAGAGAGAGAAGGAACUGAUGAGAGAAAUGGAGGACAUGAGAAUGGAGAAGGAAGCUCUUCAGGCCAAAUAUGAAGCACAACUGGAGAGAAUGAAGAAGAAAAUGGAACAAGAGAGAAAGAAUGCAGAUGAAGAGAAAAGAAGAAGAGAAAAAGAAUUCAGGGAAAGAGAGCAGAAGGAAAUAAGAAAAUAGACAUGAAGAAGAAAGAAGAGGAGGGGAAUGUGGAGCACAUUUGGAAAGAUCAUUAUGAGAGACUUAACCCAAUAGAAUCCUUAGAACCCAACUGAUGCAGUAUGUCAAUAAACACUCCCAUACUUCUCUGUUACAUUGCUCUGCAAAUAUUAGUUGCAACAAGAUGAGACCUAUAUUGCUUGAUGGAGCAGAAGUGGGGCUUUCCAACGAGAUUACUCACUUGUCUCUACGAUCAAAUAUGCUACGUUUAGCGCACCCAUUACUCUCAUUUGAAUUACUCAUGAACCCGUAAUUGGAUAGAUAUGCCACGCAUGUAAGAUGACAGAGGAGAUACAGGGCUAUCAAUUGAUACCAAGUGCAUCCUUCUGGGUUAUACAACAGACAAAGUGAUAGAAGAAUAGUAACUUCAUUUAGCUCGACUUACCCCACGCUUUCGUGUGCCACGUUUAUAAUCCGGUUUUGAAAACGUAGCAAAUUUCUGCAUGGUAUCCCUCAAGACUCAUAUUGCAUCCCAAUUUGUUUGACAAAGAAACACCUUUUUGCCUUUUUCAUUGCAGUGCAACAUCAUGAGUGCACACACAGGCUAACGCGCAAACUUGGGUCAAGUCAGGUCAGAUCAGUUUGUGUCACAAACAUGGAUCACAGAAAGGUCUUUUUUUCCUUUUGAAAGUAUUUUUUUGGGGCUUUUUAUGCCUUUAAUGUCAGGACAGUAGAGGACGACAGCAGCGAGUGGGAAAGACAGUCAGCGUGGGAUCCAGAAAGGACCAGGAGUCGAACCCAUGUCGCCGGCGUAUGGUACAGGUGUACACAGCAAGUAUUUCUGUAAAUUGCUCACCCCCAAGAUCCCCCUCCACCAUGAUUCUUAUAUUGCCAGAAAAAAAACAAUAUCUAGCAUGUGUGAAUGGCGCUUACAAUGACCAGGAUAAAUGUUUUUCAGUAAAGGUAGUGAGAACGCCCUUAAAAUAGUCUAGGGCUGACGGGGUCAAUAAACACAUGGAGAGAAUACAGCAGAAGAAAGAACAACUUGCGAGAAAAAAAAAGUCAAGUUUAAAACAUGGAGAGAAUUGAGAAAGCAGCUGAGCAGGAGAGACAACAAAAAGGAAUAUUAAAACAGAGAUUGUGAGAAUUGAACAAGAAAGACAAGCUGAAAAAGAGAGAAGAGGAAUUCAAAAACAGAACUACAGCUCCAAACAGAAAUUGAGC